CUCCACGUCAAAGCAUGUUUACGAAUUCGACAUCGUGGGAGGAUACUUUCCUGUGUUUCCACAAAUGGUAUGUUUGACAAUGAAGUAGAAGAAGGAAACGCUUGUCCACCAGAACUUCCUAGUACUGCUGUGAGAAUCGGAAUCGGUGAGACCCUAGUGCAAGCAUCGAAACGCUGCUUGCAAGAGGUGUUUGGGAUCACUGACGCGGAACUAAAGGCUACUUGGCAGGAUGAAGAGGCACAUGAACAAGACGAGAGUCCUGAUCAUGUUGGACGUAAAGAACAAUGCGAACAAGGCGAAGACGAGAGAAACCCAGCACGACAUCAACGUCAAGAACGUGGUGAAGCAGUUCUGAAACGAGUUGUCUCGACUUCCACCACCUCUGUGGAUAGUUUGCUUUUCGAAGCGAGGGAUUCGAUCUUGGUGGUAGAAGAAUGGAGGUCCUCGUGUAGUUCUAGCGAUCCCACGAAGAUGAUGUUGAAGCCCUCCCCACGCCCUCGACCAACACAACUUAAGCGUAAUAAUGACCAUCUUGUCAAUGAGCAUCAUGAAGUAGAUAAUCCAGAUGAAGUAGAAGGGUCGGGGUCGAUUUCCACGUUGUAUACAGAUGCAGUUUCCGAAGACCCUACACAGAUGCUAAACCCUAAGCCUGGGAGUUCGUCCACCACGCUUGUUGACAGCAAACACCGAAGUACCACUUCAUCUAGAAGGAGAAGGCUAAUGUCGCUAACCAAACGCACACUCUCCUACUGCGUAGACUAUGAGAUUGUGAUCCCGGAGACUUACAACAACGGCAGAACAAGAACAGGUAAAGAGGAUCAGCAAGAGGGCGGGCAUUCAUCCUCGUCGUCGUCAUCGUCCUCUACCGCCAGUUCCUUCUAUGCUAUGACUGACGUAUCCUCACUCCUCUUCAAGCUGGGAUUGCCACUGAUUCUGCCUGCUAACGACCUAAAUACAAGUAGAAGCUGCAAGGACAACAUCAACACUGUGCAUAGCAGAAUAGACAAGAACAAUCCGAACAGUAAACACGUGUAUUGGCACGCUCAUCACGAUGAUAUCCUGAGAUUCGCACCUUGUGGCGGUCUGGAUCUGUCUAGUACACCAGUUUCUGCUGCUCGACGUCGAGGAGAUACAACAAGUACUGGAAGUACAACACUUGCAAAGCCAACAUCUUGUGCAUGGCUUUCAGAGUUACAAGUUAAUGGCGCUGCGGAUGGGCAUACGAAUCCGCACAAUUCGUCCACAACAACUACAAGUGGUGCUAACAUCCUUUCAUCUCUCCUCGUUGGCAUUGAAAAUACAGCACCGCAGCAGAAGUCCCCUUUUGCGGGUGUAUCACAUGGUACCAGUGGCAAGUCAAAUACCGUUUCCGCACGCGGGUCGAGAAAAUGGGAUGCGUUUGAGAAGGUUCUGUCAACUACAAGCGCGUCAACAUCUAGUACUUCUUCUUCUGCGUCACCACCUUAUGUUGGAGAUACCAUGACUGCUGCUGCUGGUGCCAACACGUGUUCUACAGCAAAUUCUACUUUACCUCUGCCUCUACUUCUACAAGAACAACGUCUACGUCUACCUGUACAACCUCCACUUCCACCGUUCCUAUUCCCCGCAGCAGUGAAUGGCAUCCGAUCAGUCCUCACUGCGGAGAAGUGGGAUCGUUUUUGUCUAUUGAGCGACCAUUUAGUUGAUGUGCGUCUGGAGAAGACGUUCUGGUGGGACGUGGAACACGUCUUGGAUCACGUCCAACAUGUCUCGGAUCACGACGUCCAGGUGAACCCAAACCUCAACAAGAACAAUACUGAUCACAACAAAGUAGAUCGAGAGAUCCUAGCGAUGCGAGUAUUCCAGAGACGGGUUUUGCAAGAAGUUUUGUGUGCGGAUGCGGUAGGAGCUAAAGCGAUUGUAGAGAAUGCGAGAAGCGAAUUGAAGCGGGGCCGAGCGAGAACUGCUGACAGGAAAACAGUGCCGGCUUCAAUAAAGGGAGAAAGUGGUGAACGAAAUGAAGGAGAUCGUCCUCGCUCGAAAACAUGCUGAACGCCUGAUCUAGAUCAUGUCCUUGGUGAAGAGCAUGAAAAAUAUCGUGCUUCCUCCACUACUUGGUUUUAUUGUUCCAAGAAGCGCGACCCACACCCAUAUGAUCGACAUGAUUGAUGAUUCAUUUUUUGAAUGUCAUCGAAUGGUAGAAGGCUGCCGCAAUCAUUCUAAUGCUGUUCAUCUUGUUGCUGCCUCUGACUUCUUGGUUCAG